UUUAAAGGUGGUUUCCGGGCCUCGGGCACUGCGGAGGAGGGUGAGGAUGGGGCUGGGGCAGCUGCCGCUGGCUCUGGCCGUGACGCUGAUGCUGGCCGUGGGGUCCCGGCUGCAGGAGCAGCCCCCCAGGGAGGCCCACACUGUCAACUGGAACAAGUUUUCAGGGUUCUGGUACAUUCUUGCCAUCGCCACGGACACCCGGGGCUUCCUGCCGGGCCGGGACAGGAGGAAGCUGGGGGCGUCCGAGGUGAGGGUGCAGCAGCCUGGCCAGCUGAAGGUGGUCCUCGUCUUCAACCGGCGGCAGGGGUGCCAGGCGCACGCGGUGACCCUGCGGAAGGACAGCAAGAGGGCCGUGUUCAGGAACACCUGUGCCGCCUGGCCUUCCGAGGGCCCACUGGGCACUGUGCCCGGGGCCUGGGCCAGGAGAGGUCGAGGGGAGGUGUGGCGGCGCCUCCAGGUGCCCCUCUGGGUGCGGGGCGUGCAGGGCUUCCGCGUGCUGGCCACUGACUACAGCUACGCUGUGGUGCUGCUGAGCCUGGGCCGGGCAGGCCGCGUCGCCAAGAGCCUGCUGCUCUUCAGCAGGCAGAACGUGUCCAGCUUCCCAAAUAUGAAAAAAUUCGUGGACAUUUGUGAGAUUUUGGAGAUUGGAAAUGGAGCGACUGUUCUCCCCAAAGACGCCUCCUGCGCACACACCAUCCGGCCCCGAGACUGACACCAGCUCGGCUGCACCCUCUGGCCCGGGCGCACCGCAGCGGCGCGUCUUAGCUGCGAGGGGAGACCGGCGUCCUCGGCCAUCGGCGCUCUGACCCCCCGGCCACGGCUCUGGCCCAGAGGGACCAUGUGGGUGCGUGGAGCAGGGCC